AGCCAGCCACAACAAAGCUGAAAAUGGCGCCCGUUUGAUAUGGCGCAGGUGCGUGUUACGAGUCUGUAAAGUCAGUUUGGCGCCUUUUUGAAGUAGUAAGUUGACACGCAAGCCCGUAGAUAGCAAUGCAGAACGAAAAUUCUCCACGCGAUAAGCGGCCUCUGUUCGCCCAAGGCGUCAUAUAUCCGUCGCCACCGGCAUCGCCGUACCGGAGCCCCAGUGGCGGGCAGCAACCGACCUACACGCCGAAGUUUUCUCCAAGAAAUCAGGCCCACUCGGGUCCGCCAUCGCCAUUCUCUUCUCCAAGGUUCAGCACGCCCGUUUAUGGCCACCACCCCAGACAGCCCAAGUACCCAAGGGAAAGCUACGGCUCGCCACGAUCGCCGUGGCAACAGCAGGGCUACCACGGUUAUCCACAACGCCAGCACUUUUCCUCUAGUCGGCGGUCUUCAGGCUCCCGGGGAUCCAGCUGGUCUGGAUCGCCGUUCCAGUCCUCGCCCAAUCGCGGAGCCAGCGGCGGUUCCCACAGCUAUGUCAAGCCAUCCAUGGUCGAAGACCCAUGGGCAGAGCUGCAAGACAUGCUUCAGGUCAAGCAAGUUCAACCAUCCAAUGCAUCCACAAACAAGACUGCUGAAGAGUCGCCUGCAAGGACCACGUCAGAUGUCAACACACUACAGUCGGACAACAGUGGGCAGUGUACAGCUGAGGCAGGCAGCAACUCGUCAGCCAAACCUCAGCCAACUGCAGAGGAAAACUUGUGCUCUUAG